AUGGCUGCAGUCAUCCCGAUGAUGGUCGUGCCUUCUCAGAACCCACUAUUCAUAGGUUCCGGAGGAUCAAAAAGGGAACUUAAGAAUCAAAGCGACAAAAAUAUAGCGUUCAGGGUGAGCUUCAUAAUAUCCAUGUUCCUUCAUAAUAUCAGAAGACUAUGUAGAAGCCAAAAUUCACAUUGA